AUGUGCAUCACUCACAUCUUCAGCACACAGUUAUGCUCGUCUUCAUGUUCUUCGACCCGUUUCAUCGAUCUUCUUGCAUCAAGUCACCGAUCCGCAACCGCUUCAAGAACCAACUUCAUCAUCAUCAUCCAAGCUUCGGAGAAGAUAAGACGGCUUCGGAAGCCGUUGAUUGAGAGGUUGGUUUAUGCUGAAGGUGCUGAAAAUGGCUUGGAGUUUACUAUUGUGAGGCCCUUUAAUUGGAUUGGACUCAGAAUGGACUUCAUUCCCGGCAUCCACGGUCCAAGAGAGGGUGUUCCUCGGGUUCUUGCAUGCCUCAGCAAUAAUCUUCUCAGAGGAGAGCCUCUCAAGCUUGUCGACGGCGGCGAACCCCAGAGAACCUUUGUUUACAUCAAAGAUGCCAUUGAAGUUGUCCUUUUGAUGAUUGAAAACCCUGCCAGACCCAAUACACACAUCUUCAAUGUAGGUAACCCAAACAAUGAGGUUACAGUUAGGCAGCUUGCCGAAAUGACGAUCAAGGUCUAUUCAAAGGUAAGUGGAGACCAGCCUCCUGAAAAAUUUACAAUCGAUGCAAGCUCGAAAGAGUUUUACGGUGAAUGGAGUCGAUACAGAGUGGAAGAAGAGGCCGCGCCGGAAGCUGAGGUUGAGAGAAUGAGACGGAGCAAAACGAAGAGAUCGCCGGUUGAGAAUAGCUGUACGCGAUUUCGCUCUUCCUUCAACCAAAAUCUGGUUGUGGGAAUCUUCGUCGUCGUCAUUACGUUCAGCGUAAUCUGA